UCCACCCAAAUUUAGCCUAUGGUCCUGUCCAUUUCUAGUUCUAUCUCUCUACUUUCCCACCCGAAAAUCCGGUGAGCAACAGGUUUUGAUGACUGGUCACCGGGAACGAGCACUGCAUCGCCACCGGGCCAUCCAACAAAACCGAUGCUCUCAUUUCCACUCUGAUUCUUUUCGGAUUUGCCAAUUCAAAAAAAUUUCUGGCCCCAUGGCAUCACAAUCAACAAUUGCAAAUUUUUAUUUGUAAAUUGUUUGAGAGAGAUGAGACCGCUCUUUGCACUGUUGGAUUAUAUGGGUACGCUUGGGAACACUUACCAUGACGUGGGUUUGAGAUUGCAGGAGCUGGUUGUAUUAUGCUGAUGCCUUUUUCUCUGCCUUUUCUUCUCAAGGAGCUUGUCAUAUACAUUCUUGCUUUCUUUGUAUUUGAAGUAGAGAAUAAGCACCAUUUCUACCAGCAACUUAAUUUCCAGCUGAAGGUUUCUGAAGUGCAUGUCCUAAAGCACUUGAGCCAACAAAAUGGCAACCAAGGUGAAGGGCCUCUUCAAAGGCCUAAGAUACAUUUCACAUAUGUUUGAAGAGAAAGAUGAUGAAAUACAAAUUGGCUUUCCCACAGAUGUAAAGCAUGUUGCACACAUUGGAUGGGAUGGUCCUUCUGCAAAUAGUACGCCGAGCUGGAUGAACGACUUCAAAUCUUCUCCAGAAGUCUCAUCCGCUGGGCAACUGGCUGUUAAAGAAUUGUCCUCCCAAGAUAUGCAUAAACCUGGCCAACAAUUGGUGGUGCAUCGAAGUGACAUUCCAAGGUCAAGGCACCAUUCGCCUACAGGUGAACCUGAAAGUUCUCCCACCAAGAAGAUCUCUGAUGGAUCAAAGAAGCAUUCUAGGCGCCACCGCUCCAAGGAUGGAGUAAUGGAUUCCCCUUCUCGAGAGGCUAAAGAAGGUAGUAGCCGUCAUUCAAGAAGAAGCAGGAAUUCUAACAACCUUGGAUCUGAAUCUCCCUCACAAGAUCCACCUGGGAUACCAAAACAAAGGAGGAAAAAGGGUUCCUCUGAAAGCGGGUCAGCAAGAUCAUCAAGAAGGUCAUCAAGAUCCAAAGGCCAGAAUUCUAUGACAGAUAUUUCAUUGGAAGAUUCAGAGCAUGGAUCCAAGAGUGGUGAGAGUCCAAUGCACCCAGUUUUGGCAGAAGAGAAGGGUUCUGAGGGAUUUUCUGGAGGGAAUCUUAACUGAUGGCAGAAAGGGAGGUCUUAACAUAACCCUCUAACUCAAAGUGUGACUUCUGCUGGCUUACUUCAUUGAUCAUUUUUAUUUUUCGUCGUCAUGUUGAUAUCUGUGACUUGGAAAGCUCCAAGUGAGAUUUGAGAAGUUGGUUUCCAAUUUAUGCAGUGUCUUACUGCCUAGAAUACAUAGAAAAGAAUUUGAUGAGUUGAAUCUACAACAGCCUGGUGUUCAGAGAAAGCUUCUUGGUUUUCAUGUUGUUUCCAAGCCAAGUAUUUAUGCCAAAUUACUGUUCCAAACUCACA